AUGCUGAAGUUCUACAGUUAUUGCAAUCAAGCAACCUUGGUUGCAACACCAGCUAGGCCGGGGUUCUGGGUUUUUGGCAAGUACAAAUGGGAUGCCUGGAAUUCACUGGGGGACAUGCCCAAAGAAGCAGCCAUGAUUGCUUAUGUUGAUGAAAUGAAAAAGAUACUUGAAUCUAUGCCGAUAACUAAGGAAGUAGAAGAACUACUUUGUGUUAUUGGACCUUUCUAUGAACUUGUGGAUGACAAGAAAAAAUCACAAUCACCAUAUGCAAUCUCGGCAGGCCGUUUGGAAAAAGUGGUUAAGUCACUUGAAGAUCUUGGCAAUGUUCUCAGUUCACCAAAGAAUUGUAAUAAAAUGAAUGGAAAAGUUGAAGGCAAUGAUAGUGGCGCAGAAUCGGAACAGGGGGAAGAUGAUGAAGAUGAAACAGAUAAUGAUCUUGAAGCUGACAAUGAUGUAAAUAAGGUCACGUUGGGAGCACCAAAUGCAGUAGAUGAAAUUAAAGGAGAUGCAGUGGUAAAUGAAGUGGUGAAACUGACAACCAUAACGCAGGAAACAGCAGAUGCGAAAUUAGAAGAUGUGAAACCAGAACCUGUAACCUUCCAAAACAUCGAGCUAGCAAAUGUGUGUGUCCAAAAUGGGUUUCCAGAUCCCAUGUCUGCUCUAAAACCAGAGGAUGGAGAGGAAGAAAAGGAAAUAAUAGUUGAUAGCAUACAACAGCUGGCAAUGAAUGGCGAAAUAGAUGGUGUGGAGGACCAAUGUGAUGAGCAUUCAGGAACUCAGCACCUGGCAAGUGAUUCAGAUAGUGAGGUUUUUUGUGAUUCAAUGGAACAGCUGGGCAUUGAUGAGAUUUUGGGAGUUGACUGCAGUAGUGUCCAUGAAAAUUUGAACAAUUCUCAGAUUAUCUCAAAAUUUGAACAGAGUCCAUUUUUAAACAACCAAAGCAGUUGCAAAACCGAUUUGGAAUGUUCUGUAAAAUCUCGCAGGAAUCCUGGAGUAAAAAUGUCACAAGAUUUGGGAAAAGGUGGUGUUACCCACGGGGGUGAAGAUACAAAAUCAAGUGGAAGUGGUCAUCAGAGAGACAAAGUAACUAGCAAAAGACCCGAGUUUCAUAUGUCCAGCAGAGGUCGAGGAAGCAGAAGUCAACAAUUGGGGGAGGGUUUUCGGCUCUCACAGUUCGGCAGCGGCGGUGACCAGGAACGAAAAGGGUCGGAGCAGAUAGAAAAAGGCAAUGUAAAUGAACAGAUUGCAGUAGCGGUCGUCAGGCUGCAGGAAGAUAUGCAGAAUGUGUUGGAACGCCUUCAUAUUUUGGAAACAGCAGCAGCUGCUAGGGCCAAGUCAGAAAAUGCCCAGCCAGAUUCUGCCCAAUGUAGAAAUGCUAAGCGUCCAGUCUGGUGGCCUUUCGAUGUGUCCGGCCGCACUGUAGCAUUUGCAAUUCUUUGGCCUUUCAUUGUGCAGCUCUUGGUCCACUUUUAUUUUCAAAGGAGGAAGAGAAAACCGAAAUAGGCAUUCACCUGGGAAUGCAAAGAUGCUCUUUAACACUACAAGCACGUGGCAACCAUCUAAACAAACCACCUAUGCAUUCAGCAGUAUUUAAUCUUCAUUUUGCUUUAAUACUACCAUGAAUGGAUACGAUAUAUAACCAAAUCUUUUGGUACUACUGAUACUUGAACCAAAUAAUUACAUUAAUUGUGGAUGAAUUUAAUAAUUGUUGUAUUUUGAUUUUUGCUGGCAUAAUAAACACUGUAUCAACUGACCAUUUAACUGCUUGAGGUAUAACUAAAAUGGAGUUUAAAUUAUAAAAAAAUAAUUUUCCAAUGUUUGUAGCUAGAGGCCAGUCAAUAACAAUUACAGUACAUCAACAGAGGUCUUGAUCUAUGUCAUUAAUGAGCUAAGAAGUAAAUGCCAAGUCUUUGACUUGCCUACUGAGCUAACAUUCUUCAAUGUUCCCUCAACCCCCACUUCCAAACAUUUCCCCAGUCCCAUCCAUUAGUAUUUGAGAUAUUGCAAUGCUACUCAAACAAUGAAAUAUUAUAUUACGCAACUUUGGACAUGAGGUGCAAACAGGUAUAUCAUAAAACCAAGUACUUUCUUUCCUUUUUAUGAUCAGUUCUCAGAUCAAAAACAGUUGCUAGAUAAGCAGUACUGUUGAUGUGGAUUUUUGUAAUUGCUGAAUCAAUUAUCAGUUUAUUUGAAUGAUUUGUUGGAUGUCUUGUCAAUUGUUUUACUUUUAUUUAAAGGCCAUAUGUAGUAAACUGCUUUAUGGCAGCAUAAAUUUGAUUAUGUAAUUGGGCAUUUAAUGUACUCAGGAGAUAGUGUUUACAUGUCCUUUCUAAUGCAUGUAACUUUAUUUAACUGUAAACUGUGAAGUCCAUUGUCAUUGCUGUUAAGUUGUACAAAUUAGACUGAAACAAAGUGCAAUAUUUUUCAAUUGCAUUGUUAAAAUUGCAUAUUGUAGAAAAGUUAUCUAAUGGAAAUUUACUACUUAUUUUAAAAUGACUUACAAUAAUUAAUUAAAUAAAGCACACUUAUUACAAGCAUUUUUAUGAUUAUUAGUUCUGCCAAAAUCGUGGGCCCAUUUAAGAAAACAAUUAAGCAUGGAAAAGUCAUAGAUUAUAGCUUGAAGCACAAUAAAGAAUAUUUUUUACCAUGA